AAACUACAGUGCAUCCUGUGUCUGUCUUCGGCCUUGCCUGCGGUGGAGGCACAGCUCGACCCUAAGCCCUGGCCCAGGAUUAAUCAGACUCACCUGACCCCCUCCGCCCUGAAGAACCGCAAGGAGGGUCUGAAAGUCCAGGGCUCCAGCUUCACACUGGAAGGCUUUCCGUUCCUGAUCGUGGCGGGCACCAUUCACUACUCCCGGCAGUAUUGGAGGGACCGCUUGCUGAAGCUGAAGGCCUGCGGCUUCAACACCCUCACCACGCAUGUUCCCUGGAACCUUCAUGAACCAAACAAGGGCCAGUUCCAUUUCACUGUAGACUUGGAUCUCAGGACCUUUCUGGCCAUAGCCUCGGACGUGGGACUCUGGGUCAUUCUGUGUCCAGGUCCCUACAUCGGCAGCGACUUAGACCUCGGAGGUUUGCCCAGCUGGUUACUCAGGGAUCCGAAGAUGAAGCUGAGGACAACUUACAAGGGCUUCACCAGAGCGGUGAAUCUCUAUUUUGACCAGCUGGCUCACCAGGUGGUAUCACUCCAGUAUGUCUGGGGAGGCCCCAUCAUUGCUGUGCAAGUUGAAAAUGAAUAUGGUUCCUAUAAUCUGAAUACAAACUACAUGCCAUAUGUUAAAAAGGCCCUGGUGACAAGAGGGAUCAAGGUACUGCUCAUGACAGCUGACGACGGGCAGCAGCUGACAAAAGGCCACUUAAAAAAUGUGCUCGCCACUGUCCACAUGAAGAAUAUAAAUAAAGGAACUUACAAAGAUCUCUCUGCAAUGCAGGGCCUCAGCCCCAUCCUGAUGAUGGUGUAUACAGCAAGCUCUUUUGACAAGUGGGGUAUGAUCCGCCAGGCUGCAGACCCGCAUAUGCUGAAGAAGGAUGUGCAGGAAAUGUUCAAGCUCAGGUUCUCCCUCAACUUCUACAUGUUUCACGGUGGCACCAACUUCGGCUUCAUGGGCGGAGCUGUGUUUCUGAACACCUACCUCCCUGGGGUCACCAGCUAUGACUAUGGGGCACUGCUGACAGAGGAUGGAGCAUACACGCCCGAGUAUCUCACAUUCCAGGAGUAUUUUAGCUCUGUUCUAGAACUUCCCACGUCCGUCCAACCAGAAGAUGCACCAAAGACUGCGUAUAAGUCAUUGACUCUGUCACACUUCCUGUCACUGUGGGAUAUCCUGCCCUAUAUGGACAAGCCAGUCAAGUCUGCCAAGCCCAUGUCCAUGGAGAUGCUGCCUGUGAACCAAGGGAGCGGCCAGUCCUUCGGGUACAUACUGUAUGAGACAACCAUCACCAAAGGAGGUGUGCUCACCUCCAGGGGUCACGUUCGAGAUCGGGGCCAGGUGUUCUUGAACGAGAGGCCUGUUGGGGUCCUGGAUCGUUCCACGGAGGAGCUGACCCUCGUGAAACACGGCUACCAGGACUACCACACCCUGAGGAUUCUGGUGGAGAAUCAAGGCCGACUCGCGGACGGGCAGGAUAUGGACGGAGAGAGGAAAGGUUUAAUUGGGGAUAUCUACCUGAACAACUCCCCAUUAAGAAAAUUCACCGUCUACAGCCUGGAAAUGAAACCGAGAUUUUUAAGGCGGAACAUUCCUGACAUCUGGAAACCAGUAACAGAUCAAGUGCAGGGCCCCGCCUUCUUCCUUGGUUACCUGAGGGUCAGAGAUCCGCCCAGAGACACCUUCAUAAAGAUGGCGGGCUGGACAAAAGGAGUCAUAUUCAUCAAUGGACAUAACCUAGGACGCUACUGGAAUUUAGGUCCUCAGGAAACCCUGUACCUUCCGGCACCCUGGCUUCACUCUGGAAUAAACGAGAUCAUCGUGUUUGAGGAAGUAGCACCUGGCCUGGAGAUCCAGUUCACAAAACAGCCCCAGCUAGGUAGGGCCUAACCCAUCGCCACACCCUCCUGAACGUGCUGCGCUUCCUCCUGUGCUCCUCGGGCUGCUGUGUCGGUGACAGCACAGCACUCUCUCCAGUGCCUUUCCUGGGCUGCUGUGGGCAGGGGACACGUGGGCCAGUCACACGGUCUUCAUGUCAGCUGGGGGCUACUGGUUGUGAAUACAGACUCCCCUACCCCUUUCAUUGCUAGUGGGGCCUAGACAUCCUUUGGGGGGUGCCCCACCCUCCCUUUGUGACCUAGUAAUCGCGCUGCCCUACCUCCCCGCCUUCCACAUCCACCCUCCCUGGGGUGGC